GAGAGUUGGUUUCUCUAGUUGCUUCAGGCAUACUGCUUGAGAUGCAGUGCUGCGGACAAUGGAAACCUGUUGCUGCAAUGGUAGCUGUCAACUUUGCGCUGGCUGUAACAAAUUUCCUUGUCAAAAAAAUUCUUGAUGAAGGAGUGAGCCAUAUUAUCAUCUUAAUAUACCGUCAGGCAAUUUCUGCUGUUUUCUUGGCACCGAUUGCCUACUUUUGGGAAAGAAAAAGCAGACCCAAGCUCACAGCUCGUAUCCUAUGCCACCUUUUCCUCACUGCUCUUAUAGGGGCAACACUCUCUCAGUACUUUUUCCUUCUUGGACUUGAAUAUACUACGGCAACGUUCUCAUGCGCAUUCAUAAAUAUGGUUCCUGCAGUCACGUUUAUGCUGGCACUACCAUUUGGUCUAGAGAAAGUCGAUAUCAGAAACAAGGCCGGGGGGGCAAAGGUUUUUGGUACAUUGGUUUGCAUUGCUGGAGCUAUGGUACUGACCCUUUACAGAGGAAAAACAUUGGUCAAAUCAAAUUCACGAGCCACAACUCAUAUCAUAAACUAUGCCAAUACGAUGAUUUCAACUAAGAAGAAAGAGAGAUGGGCUAUCGGUUCAAUACUUCUGACUGUAGGCUGCAUCUUCUGGUCAUCAUGGUUCCUUCUGCAAGCCAGGAUUGGCAAGACAUAUCCAUACCAAUAUUCCAGCACUGCUUUUUUGUCUUUCUUCAGUGCAAUUCAGUCAGCCAUCUUAAGUUUGGUAGCAGAGAGGAACUUUAGCAAAUGGAUUUUGAAAGGAAAACUGGAACUAAUAACAGUGACUUAUGCUGGAAUGGUGGCAUCAGGCUUGUGUUACGUGGGAAUGUCCUGGUGUGUCAAACAAAAGGGUCCUGUCUUCACAUCUGCAUUCACUCCACUCGUUCAAAUAUUUGUAGCUAUGUUUGAUUUCUUCAUUCUACAUGGACAAAUCUACUUUGGAAGCGUCGUUGGAUCUAUCCUAGUUGUAAUUGGUUUAUAUAUCCUGCUCUGGGGCAGAAACUCCGAGGCAGAAGAAACAAAUCAGCGGAAGCAGCCCCAAGUAGAACAAGAAGAGGACCGUAAUGCAAGGUCACAAGUCUAACCAAUCUCUAGUUUCUACUUAUACAACUAGUACUGCAAGGGUUUGCCUGUGACCCGAUCCUCCUCCCAAGAACUACUUAUCGAAACAAAUGUUUCUGCAAUUAUGCUUCCUAUAUAGAAAUCGUUACUUGCUUUCCAAGUUUCAAUGCAAUCAAAAUUUCUACCUGACA